GGAGUUUGCUAAGAGGAUAAUACCAAAGAGAGGCCUCAGUGCCUCCCCUGAAGAACUUGCGAGUCGCUGCUCAAACAACAUACCGCCAGCUGAUCUCCCAAGUCUUGCAAUUCGAGGCUCCGAGAACAGGGACAAACAAUCAUGCAAAUACAUUCCGACUAAGGGAGUAGAGUCCCAUAGUGCAGCUGUGCAAGCAAACAAAGAACCAUGCCGUAGCGAAGUGCAGCCUCACGAACCAAAGGAGUCAUCAAACCAUGAGAACUCACCAAAAGAAUACACGGAGUUUGAGAGGCUUCGCAGAUUCGAUUCUCUGCCGUCCGGUUUGGCAUCAGUAAACAGUGUUCCACGAGCUUCUAAAUCUAGAGUCAGCGUCAGCCAUUCAUCUCAGGAAAGGAGACCGAUUAUUGAAUCACGAGGUAUUAGCUUUCCAAUAUGUCGAUUUCGAACGCGAUGCCCGCAUACAGUUGUACGGAAAACCCCCAGUCAGAAUUUAGGAUCUUCACUACAGUUCAGCAGAAGUUGCAUCGAAAUCGAAACUGGUGCGAAUGGAGACCGUGAUUAUAAUGUCUACGGAAGUUUGACGAGAAGUAGUACCAUCAGUAGUGUCGAAGAUUGGCUCGGAAUCAAGAAGAGGAAACCUGACAUGAGAUUGGCGGACCUAUCCCAACAUCAGAAACCACAGCGUCGUCCUCCAAGUCCUAUCCUUCAAUUGCCACGCAUCUCCACAUUCAGAACUGAACAUGAACAUCGUGCGUUGAGCUGCAAAGCACAUGGAUUCAAUAAAGUUCUUCCGAAUCCUAGUAAUGACGAUGUCACCACAGCGGUAGCGAGGUGCGAUCUAUCUACCUCGCUAGAAAAGGAAUGGCCACGCUUUCUACAACCAAGAAGUAAAAGGUCCACAAAAUCUCAACCAACAACUCCAGAGAUUAAUUCAGCCACCGCUGAUAAUCUAUUAUCGGGAAAUAUAGCUUCGAUUAAGGAACAUCAAGCAAGGUCGCCAGGCAAGAUACAUACAGGCUUAUUAUGGCAUUUGUAUAAAAGCCAUGAUAACGACACCAAAGCUCCAGUUCUUGCGAAGAGUCGGCGGACAGGCACUUUUGAUCAGAUAACGUCACAACAAAAUGAAGUCGCGGUUUCUGCGGAGAGUAUGUCCAAGUUCAGGACACCAAGAUUACAUCCUGAACGUCCUCCUCUUCCGAAAUAUCCUUCCAGCGAAGUCUCACCCUGCGACAUAUCCUUUCAAGGACUAAAUCGUAAUCCUCUUGAACCAUUAGAGAAAACAUCAACACAUGUAGAAACUUCCAAGGGCGUCAAGUUAAGGUCAUCACCAAGAAAGCACGGACUAGGGAGGAAAACAAUCGAGUACUUUGGCAUGGACUCUGAGCACGUCAGUAGCUCUCCAAUCAUUGGGCCAAGCAAAGGCAAGCGAAUCACAAGCUACUUUCUGAAUAAUUUCAUUCUUGGUGGUGAAGUCGAAUCGCAAACUGCGUAUGUGGACCAGGGUCAGACUUCAUCAGUUGGGGAAACAGAGCCAUUAACAGUAAAGGAAUCGGUCCCAACGACAUCAGAGGCCGACCAGGACCAGACGGAGGAGAAUUAUUGGUUUCGAGUAAGGGUGGACAAUUUACUGGAUGACGAGCAAGUGGAAGAUGUUGCCAAGUUGACCGCCAUGUUCGACUGGGAUGUUCCAGAUCAUCUGCCGAGUAGCCCGCUUUGCCCAGCGAACCCGAAGCAUAAAGGUGGGGGAAAGGGAAUUUGCGUUUAUCACGGAAGAGCAAAAGCAAAAAUCACAUCAUAAGCCUUACUUGUGUUCGCUUAUUGCAGACGAUAUCCUUGUAGA